AUGGCUAUUUAUCUUGAUGUCUUAUCUAUUUUGUCUAGAAUGUCUCUCAGUGAGCAAAAGGAACAACACGACCCCGUGAAAGCAGUUCGUCGAAUACAAGAAUUCAAAUGGACAAUGGUUAAAUUACAAGGACAUGUCCUAGAAGCGCUAGAUCACAACGAACUGAACCAAGCGGAAAAAUCUUGCCUCACUUACUAUAACAAAUUUAGAAGUGAAGUUACAUUCAAAGAUGAUAACUUGUACGUUUACCAAGGAAGAAAGCUGAAGAAUUUCGAAGCAAGUGAACGCACGGUAAGGGAUAUUUACCGAUCGACGAUUGCUGCUCUUUCUGAUGCCGUUAGCGGUCGGUUUGAAAGUUUAUCCAUCUGUCCUGUGUUCAAAAAUUUGGUAGAUAUUCUCGACUUCACCAAAUGGCCAACUGAUGUAACUCAGCUUCUAUCUUAUGGAGAUUCGAGCAUGACUGAACUGAUCAAGCAUUUCACGCCGUUAUUAGAGCGUAAUCUUUGUAAUAUAGCAGAGAUUCCUGCAGAAUGGGAUAUACUGAAGAAUCGACUUUGUCAUUUGAUACAUGCUAACAGCAGUUACCUGGAUGUCUGGUCUAAAGUUCUUACCUCGGAGGAAUUUCGGAAAGAGUGCGCAAAUGUGCUGCAUAUUAUCGAGUUAUUGCUUAUAACUCCAUUUUCCAAUGCAAAGCUCGAACAAAUGUUUAGCACUAUGGGAAGAGUGAAGACAGAUUGGCGUAAUCGACUUGGCAGAGAUCGACUGGAAGCGAACCUCAGAAUCAGCCAGGAAUGCGUUGGUAACUAG